CCUCUCUCUCUCUCUCGCUCUCUCUCUUUAUUUCAUACUGAUGACAACACAGUUAUGUUCAACUUUCCAGAGUACAAACAACUAGAUAGGGCAUUCUUUUGUAUCUAGUUGCAGAAGUUCUUUUCCUAAAUAGCCAUUGAUCAUGGAAAAACAAAGGGUUUCUGUUUCUGUAAUAGCAAUUCUUUUACUUGCAUUACAUGUGAGUAGCAAUUAUACAGAAGAAGAAGAAGAAAGUGACAGAAUUGAAGCUCUUCCAGGCCAACCCAAAGUCACAUUUCAGCAAUUUUCUGGGUAUGUUACUGUCAAUGAAGUUGCAGGUAGAGCCCUCUUUUACUGGCUUACUGAGGCAGUUCAAGAUCCUUUGGAGAAACCCCUAGUUGUUUGGCUCAAUGGAGGUCCUGGAUGCUCAUCUGUGGCAUAUGGUGCUUCGGAAGAAGUAGGGCCAUUUAGGAUCAACAAGACAGCCUCAGGUUUAUACCUCAACAAAUUUUCUUGGAACAAAUUGGCAAACUUAUUGUUCCUCGAAACUCCGGCUGGGGUUGGCUUCUCUUACAGCAACACCUCUUCUGAUCUUCUCAACACUGGGGAUCGCCUUACUGCCAAAGACUCGCUGCAAUUUCUUAUCCGAUGGAUGAAGCGAUUCCCGCGAUACAAAAACCGAGAUAUUUAUGUGACCGGAGAGAGUUACGCUGGCCAUUAUGUACCUCAGUUGGCUCGAGAAAUAGUAAAUCAUAAUGCCAAGGCAAAGCACAAAAUAAAUCUCAAGGGAUUUAUGGUGGGGAAUGCAGUCACGGAUAACUAUUAUGACAACUUGGGGACAGUGACUUACUGGUGGAGCCAUGCCAUGAUCUCCGAUAAGACGUACCAUCAACUCAUCAGCACCUGCGAUUUCAAGCGACAGAAGGAGUCGAACGAGUGUGAAUCACUAUACUAUUACGCCAUGGAUCAAGAAUUCGGAAAUAUUGAUCAGUACAACAUUUAUGCCCCGCCUUGCAACAAUUCCGAUGGAAGUACUGGCGCAACUCGUCAGACAAUGAAUUUGCCCCAUCGACCUCACCGAGUUUUUAGAGAGUUAUCAGGGUAUGAUCCUUGUACAGAGAAAUAUGCUGAAAUAUAUUACAAUAGGCCAGAUGUUCAAAAAGCUUUACAUGCAAACACAACCGGAAUUCCAUACAAAUGGACUGCUUGCAGUGAAACUCUAAAUCGCAAUUGGAAUGACACGGAUGACUCGAUUCUUCCAAUAUAUCGAGAACUAAUUGCAGUCGGAUUGCGAAUUUGGGUUUUUAGUGGGGAUGUAGACUCAGUUGUACCAGUAACUGCCACUAGGUAUUCUCUGGCACAACUUAAGUUAGACACCUCCAUUCCUUGGUAUCCUUGGUAUGUCAAGAAACAGGUGGCAGGCUGGACAGAAGUAUAUAAAGGGCUAACUUUCGCAACGGUUCGAGGUGCGGGUCACGAGGUCCCUCUUUUCAAGCCUAGAGCUGCCUUUCAACUUCUCAGAUCAUUUUUGCAAGGGGAGCCAUUGCCCAAAAAAUGGAAAUAGUUUCUGUAGUUCGAUCAGCGUAGUGUUUUUAGGCUUAUUAGAAUUGUUCUUGGCAAGAAUUGCCAAUUUUAUUAUUUGAAGAAUCAUAGAUAUUGCGAACCGGAAUUGGUGGAGUGUAUUGGUUUUUAAGUUUGAAAUCAGACUGAAUAAUUAAACAUGUUCAUCAUGAAAAAAGGGUGAUUAUUUUGAGUUAUUUCUAGAGUAAACUA